AGAUGAGUGGCUUUAGCACAAAUUAUAAGAAAUGAUUAGUAGGAUAAAUGAAAUGUAUGCGAUGCGUACGUUAUUGUAGUGCCAACAUUUUUUUCCCGCUAUUUCACAUCUACUCUGGCAUGGAUUAGUUGACAUGUUGAAUAGAGGUUGAUAAGGUAGAAGAGAAAUCGUUAUUAAAGUUCCGUUAAAUUUCGAUUGUAAAAUAUUUUAAUCAUGUCCGGUAGAGGAAAGGGUGGAAAAGUAAAGGGCAAAGCGAAGUCGCGAUCAAACCGUGCCGGUUUACAAUUUCCUGUGGGAAGAAUUCAUCGUUUACUCCGCAAAGGAAAUUAUGCAGAACGUGUUGGUGCGGGGGCUCCCGUAUAUUUAGCGGCGGUCAUGGAAUACUUGGCGGCGGAAGUUCUCGAAUUGGCGGGUAAUGCGGCUAGGGACAAUAAGAAGACGAGGAUCAUUCCUCGACAUCUGCAGUUGGCCAUCCGUAACGACGAGGAGUUAAAUAAGCUACUCGCGGGAGUAACAAUCGCUCAAGGUGGAGUGUUGCCCAACAUACAGGCCGUAUUACUACCGAAGAAAACUGGUACGGGAUCUGGAAGCACUUCUAAAGGAACGAAAAGUCAAUCGCAAGAGUAUUAAUGGUACAUGAAAACGUUCGCAUGUUGUAACUUUUUGUAUUUUUAAUUCAUAAAUAAAACUACUGUAAAUUUUGUUGACUGGAUGAUAUGUAUAGACCUGCAUCUCUGUAUUUAAAAUCAAAUAAAAUUCUCCAGGAUGUU